ACGAAUGUGCUUCGAGGGCCAGAAGCGAGCCCCUAAACGGGGAGACCAGCAAGGAUGGAAUGAUAAUAGGGGAGCCGAAAUAAAACAAGAAAAAACUGAAUGGAGACCUUCUUUCAGGGAAUACCGUCCCUAUGACGUGGAAAGACAAACAGAAUUCUCAGUGGAAAAGCCAGUAGACCGAUUUGACCGGGAAAGGCCAAUGCGAGGACGUGGGGGAGGAAGAGGUGGCAUGCGAAGCAGAGGAAGAGGUGGCGGAAUAAAUCGAAGCUUUGAUGGUUUUGACCAAAGAGGGAAGCGGGAAUUCGAACGGCAAAGUGGGAGUGAUAAAACAGGAAUCAGAGCAGAAGACAAAAGGGGUGGAAGUGGAACGCGCAACUGGGGAACAGUUAAAGAUGAUCUGAGUGAGAUGGAACAGACUGCCCCCAUGGAAGAGACUGUGGAAACAGUGGAACAACAAGGAGCACCUGAAGGAGAAUCUGUGAACAAAGUUGCUGAAGGGGAGCCAGUGGAAGAAGUAGUUCAAGAAAUGACGUUAGAUGAGUGGAAAAAUCUUCAGCAACAGAAUCGACCAAAGCCUGAAUUCAACAUCCGGAAGCCAGAAUCCACUGUUCCUUCCAAAGCAGUGGUGAUUCACAAGUCAAAAUAUAGUGAUGAUAUGCAAAAGGAGGAUUCUGAGGAUGACUCCCACGUUUUCCGGAGAGCAGCUAAUGACAUAACUUCUCAGCUGGAUAUUAACUUCGGGAAUCUUCCUCGCCCUGGGCGUGGGUCUAGAGGAGCGCGAGGAGGCCGUGGCCGUGGCAGAAGAGUUGAGGAUCCAGGCCCUAAACCAGAAGUGGUGACACAAAUUGCUGCUCCAAAUCCUGAUGAUCCUGAGGAUUUUCCUGCUUUAGCUUGAAAGAACUGUCUUGACCAGUUUUGGCGUAGCUGUGAAGAGACCAGUUUUACAUUGCUGUGGGAAAGGAUUGUCUGAGUCUACAGGAAAUUUCCCCCCCUCUUCCCUCCUCCCCCACCUUGUGUGAAACUAUUACACUCCCAUGCUAUUGAGAACAAUGACCUUGUGACACUAAAGGACAGGGAUCUUGCUACUGAUUCCAGCAUCUGCCUCUCUUUGAGAUAACUGUGUGAAGGUUUUAUGGUAUUAUACUCGAGGGAUUUCAAAUAAAAGUUCAACAGUACAGUGUUUAAAAUGUGUAUAUAGAGAUUAUAUUGAGGGGUUGUCUUUUUUUUUUUUUCUUGAAAGCACAGUGAAAUGUAAGUUGUACAACAUGGUCUACGAUUGGGACUCUAUAGCAAACCCUCUAUAGGGACUUGAAAGCUGCUUUCCUUACUUCAUUGAGUGAAAUGUACCUUUGCAUAUUUUAAGCAGUUAAUACACGGCAAUUUUCGGAAGUUGGCAAAUAAAGGAAACUGCUCAUUG